AUUGGUUAGCGUCCGUAGCACGUGAGCAACACUCACACCCGGAAGUAUGACUCGUGUUUAUUGUUGCUAACCGGAGACUGGGGUUUGCUCUGAGUGCAAACACUUGAAGACCAGCUGGAUCAGUAUGGCGUCCUACUUCGAUGAACAUAACUGUGAACCCACCAACCCAGAGGAGCAGUACCGUCAGAAUGCACUGCUGGAACUAGCCAGAUCUCUCAUGCAGGGCCUGGACUUGUUGGACUCUGGGUUUGACCUGACAGACUGGGACCAGCGUCUGCCACCUCCAGCUGCUAAAACUGCUGUUCAGACUCUGCCGGUGCUUGUGAUCUCUGCGGAACAAGCAGACAAAGGCGCGAAGUGUCCCGUGUGUCUGCUGGAGUUUGAGGAGCAGGAGACAGUCCGGGAAAUGCCCUGCAAACAUCUUUUCCACUCUGGAUGUAUUCUGCCUUGGCUGGGCAAAACCAACUCCUGCCCCCUUUGUAGACUUGAGCUACCCACCGAUAAUCCUGAUUACGAGGAGUUCAAGAAAGACAAGGAGAGAAGAAGACAGCGGGAGCACAGGCUGGAGGACCUGCAUGGAUCCAUGUAUACAUGAUCAGAUCAUACAUGAUGAUUCUACCUUUUUACUUGAGAAACAUGUGACCGAUUCAGUGAUGAGAGCACGAAUAAGUGGCUCUGACGGACUGUGUUUUUAAUACAAUUGUACCUAUAAAGAAUGACUUCUUCAGACUGUACAAAGAUGUUAUCAUGUAAUGCUUUGUAUUUCUACCAAAUGUGGAGAAUAAACAAGGUUU